UUUUUUGUUUUUUUUUUUUAUUGGGGGGUGGGGGGAGUCCGAGUGGUAAUAUUAUAGCUGUAGAUGGUGUGGCUGGUCCACAGACAGCAGCAGUGCAGCGGGGCUCUGCGGCUGGUUGCCUUCCUCCCAUUUUGUGUGCAGAUGGCUUCAGCCUAAGGUCCACCAGCUGCAGCCUGACUACAGUCCAGGUUAACAGGACACACAACGGUCCACCACGUCAGAGCGCCAAAUACAGCGGAAGAUUGGAGUUAGAGCAAAGUGCACACAGGAAGCCGCUUCUGCACAACUUUUUCUCCCAUGGUCUCUAAGGCACGCUAUAAUGCGGCGCUGUUAUGGUAAAUCCCCGAGUCGGCUGUGGCUCUCGCGGAUUGGCAUCUUGUGUUUUUCGACAUUCUGGAUGGCACCUGUAAUGUUACACCCGCAGUGUUUGGAUUUUAAGCCGCCCUUCCGACCGAUGAGGGAGCUGGAGUUUUGCGUAAUGUACAAGGAGUUUGGCUGUUGUGAUUAUCAGAAAGACCAGGAGCUGAUGGCUAGGUACUACCAGAUUGUGGAUAAUUUUGAUUAUUAUGGAUAUGCUAACUGUGCGGGCUUCGUGCUGGAGCUGCUUUGCCAGGAGUGUUCUCCUUAUGCAGCUCACCUCUUUGAUGCAGAGGAUCUGAGCACACCGAUCCGGACCAUCCCUGGCCUCUGUCAUGACUACUGCUCACAGUUUUGGAAGAAGUGCAACUUCACAAUCCCUCUCCUGUCUGACGACCCACACAUAGCCAACGUCAAGGAAGACCUGAAUCGUCUCUGCCAGUACCUGCAGCUAGACGACAUGGACUACUGCUAUCCCCAUCUCCUCAGCAACCAGAAGCUCACCCAGAGCCUGGGCCGGGUUCAGUCAGACUCAGAUGGCUGUCUGCAGCUGUGUCUGGAAGAAGUGGCCAAUGGUCUGCGGAACCCGCUAGCCAUGGUCCAUGCUAAUGACGGCACACAUCGGUUCUUUGUGGCAGAACAGGUGGGCUUGGUGUGGACCUACCUUCCUGACCGGUCCAAACUUCAGAAACCAUUUUUGAACAUUACCAAGGCAGUCUUGACAUCAUCAUGGGAAGGUGAUGAGAGAGGCUUUCUGGGCCUCACCUUUCACCCCAAGUACAAGUACAAUGGGAAGUUGUAUGUGUAUUACUCAGUGGAGGUGGGUUUUGAUGAGAGGAUCAGGAUCAGUGAGUUCCGUGUGUCAGCCAACGACAUGAAUGUGGUGGACCAUGCCUCUGAGCGAGUUAUUCUGGAGAUCGAUGAGCCUGCGUCAAACCACAAUGGAGGGCAGCUGCUCUUUGCAGAUGAUGGUUACUUGUACAUUUUCACAGGUGAUGGUGGGAUGGCAGGAGACCCAUUUGGGAAAUAUGGGAAUGCCCAGAACAAGUCAGCUCUCUUGGGUAAAGUUCUUCGUAUUGAUGUGGAUGAUAAUCAGAGAGGCCCAUUGUACAGAAUCCCUCCAGAUAACCCCUUCAUACAUGAACGAGGAGCUCGACCUGAGAUUUAUGCUUACGGUGUCCGUAAUAUGUGGAGGUGCUCGGUGGACCGAGGCGACCCUCGGACCAAAGAGGGAAAGGGGCGCGUCUUCUGUGGGGACGUAGGCCAGAACAAGUUUGAAGAGAUCGACAUCAUCCACAAAGGUCGGAACUACGGCUGGAGAGCUAAAGAGGGCUUCUCGUGCUAUGAUAAGAAGCUGUGUGCCAACAGCUCACUAGAUGAUGUCCUGCCUAUUUAUGCAUACCCCCACAAGAUGGGCAAGUCGGUUACUGGUGGUUAUGUGUACCGAGGCUGUGAAUACCCCAACCUGAAUGGCAUGUACAUAUUUGGAGACUUCAUGAGCGGGCGUUUGAUGAGUCUGCAGGAGGACAGAAACACAGGACAAUGGAAAUACAAUGAGAUCUGCAUGGGGAUGGGCCUGACGUGUGCCUUCCCUGGACUCAUCAACAACUACCACCAAUAUAUCAUUUCUUUUGCUGAGGAUGAAGCUGGUGAGCUGUACUUCAUGUCCACUGGAAUACCAAGCGCCACUUCACCUUCAGGAGUCGUUUAUAAAGUGGUAGAUCCCUCAAGACGUGCUCCACCGAGACAGUGUCACUAUGACCCCCUUCCUGUCAGAGUAAAAAGUAAUCUCAUCAAGUUUGUUCCACAGGAAACACUGGUUGGUGUUGAGCCAUCAAGCAAAAACAAGCCUGAGUCACAACCCACAGAAUCAUAUGACUGGCUUCAAGAGCUCAUUGACCGUCUAGGUGAACUAGGACCAGACCUGCCCACCCCUUUACCAACCACAACUACCACCAAACCACCCAGACAUUCAAGGCGGAAAGGUCGGCGCAGAAAGGGAAAAUCCAGAACAGAAACUGCACCUGAGCUCCAGAAUGGAACGGUGAGGCUGGUAGGAGACGAACAAGGCCGUAGUGACCGUGGACGGGUGGAGAUCUACAUUAACAGGGAAUGGGGCACAGUUUGUGACGACCUGUGGACCACCAAGAAUGCUGCGGUGGUUUGCCGGCAGCUAGGCUUCCGAUAUGCUAUGAAAGCAGCCAAGAACUCAGAGUUUGGUGAGGGGAAGGAUUUGCACAUUCUUCUGGAUGAUGUUCAGUGUGAAGGGACUGAGUCCACCCUGCUGGAUUGUAAACAUGCCGGCAUUGGGAUACAUAACUGUGCCCACUAUGAAGAUGCUGGGGUGAUCUGUGGAAACUCAGACUACAUUAUAGAAAUCUAAAAGUGUGACUAAAGUGAAAUCAGAGCUAAUUAUCAUUAAAUAAACCUGACAACAGACAUUUCAGCAGCUACAAUGGAGUUGAAUAGCAUAAAUGUGGUCUAAAAUGGCUGUAUUUUGUUGUCCAUCACAAUAAAAAGAAAAAGGGAGAACUCAUUUAGUGCAAGUGCAGUGCAGCCACAAUACAGUGUGCUUUGAAUAAGGUGCAUGGUACAUUUUUUAUUAAUAUAAGACUGCAAAAAGUUAAGGAAAUUUCUAAAGCAGGAGGUGAUGUUGGUUGACAAUCCUUUCAUCAGAGCAUUCCAGUUAUAACUGAUAACCUAACAGCUGAAACAUUGUUGAUAUCCAACACUAACUUUAUCCUAACUUUUUCACUAAUGUCUUCUACUUGUGGGCAGUGGCACUUUGCUAAUUUUACUCUGUGGUAAACCUUUUUAUGAGAUUGCAUUUUUGAGUUUUCAGUACAGACUUGAAUGCUUAAUUUGAACGUAUGUUUGGCUUCUCAGUGAUUUGCUACAGCAACAUAUUUGUCAAGUGUCUGAAUGUCACAUUUCCUAAUGUAUUGAAUGUAUGGUUGUAUCCUAAUGGUGCCAUUUUGGUACAUGAUUUAAAUAAAAGCUUUCUAGUCUC